UCACCGAACCAAAGGCGCCCUGCCCUCCCCAAGUUUACGUCUCCGCGAGUACGCAAGCGGCACACCAAGAGCAGCGGGUCGCUCUGCCAGCGCGCCACCAGCCUCCCUUUUAUUUGCCGGCCGUCGCGGCCUCUCCUCCCUGCCUCCCCUGGCCAGCGGCUGAGCCCACCACCACCACCACGUUCCGCGCCACGCCACGCCAGCGGCAUGGAGCCGAGGAAGGGCGGCGCGCGCGUGCCCCGGGCGGUGUCCGUCCUGGCGGGGCUGCUGGAGCGCGCCGCCGAGCGCGGCGACGCCGGGGGAGACGGGGGCGCCGCUCCCGCGUCGUCGUCGGCGGCGGCGUUCCGGGGCAAGGCCCUGCCGGCGAUCCCCGUGCGACGGUACGCGGAGCGGAUAUACCGGUACGCGGGGUGUAGCCCCGCGUGCUUCGUCGUCGCCUACGUCUACCUCGACCGCCUGGCUGGGCAGCGCCCGCUGGACGGGGAUGCGGCGGAGGCACCCGCCGUGGUCGGCGUCGACUCCUACAGCGUGCACCGCCUGCUCAUCACCGCCGUCAUGGUCGCCGCCAAGUUCAUGGACGACAUGCACAACAACAACGCCUACUUUGCGCGGGUAGGGGGCGUGGAGGUGGCGGAGAUGAACGGGCUGGAGCUGGAGCUCCUCUUCGCGCUGCGCUUCCGCCUCAACGUCACGCCGGACACCUUCGCGCGCUACUGCGCCGCGCUCGAGGGCCAGAUGCUCGUGCCGAUGCCGUCGGCGGUGCCUCCCGCCUCCGAGGCGGAGGAGGCCGAGCGCCGCCGCCGCGGCGACCACCAGGCCGCGCUGCUGCUGAUUAGGAAGGCCAAGGAUGGUGCAGCCACCGCCGUUCGUGAUCAGGCCGGGGCCGGGAGCAGGGCCGCCGGCGGCGCGGUGCCCGUCGUCCCGAGAGUGGCCGUGGAGAUGUUCGCCCGAUGACGACACGAUUCUUUUCAGUUAAUUUAAUUUAAUUUGUUGGUUCCUGUCCUAGGAGGGCUUCGUUUCCGAUUGAUUAGUUCUUGUUCUUGGUGAGCUGCCACGACAUGCCUUUGUUGUGUUCGCUGUUGAUUGGAUUGAGUUGGUGAGUGAAAAAGUGACGGCACGAGAACGGGGGCUUGAUGUGUUAGACUCUAGAUGGACACAGUGCACAGAUUGAGUGAGGAUUCUUUCUUCUUUCUUUGUUCCAA